UGAGGCGCGCGAGUUUUGUGUUUAGCUGAAGAAACUACGUAACAGCUAGCAAGCAGUCUGCUGAUAGUUUUCUGUUGGUUUUCUUUGACUUUUAUCGAGCUGUUGUGAACGUUUGGUUUAGAUUUUUACUGUAACACAACAACAGUUCGUCAUGGUGGGCUGUACAACAAACUUUAAUCGUUAUUUGGCUUCCGUGGAAUGGAUUCAUCCAUAAAAAACAUGUUUGACGCAUUUAAAGAUGACAUUUGGAAAGAGCUGGGACCAGUGGAUCCAAACUGGUUUGAGGUACUGACAGCCCAAGCUUCUCUUGGUGAAGGACACGUUGAUGAUAACGAUGACCUGUGUGCUAACCAAGAGGGACUUUUCAAAGCCCCUCUGGAGAAGACAGCAGUCGAAAGCCAACUGUUUUCAACCCCUAAAGUUUUUCGACGCAGUCAAAUGGUCUCCCCUGAUGUUGAAGAUGAGCCAUCGUUCACAGCUGCCCAAGGAAAAGAAACGCCACCAUGGGUGACAACUCAGAGUCCCUGUCUGUUUGAGCCAACAAAACAGCGUGUCCUGGAUGUAAAAUGUGAAGGUGUCCAACCUCAGGGUGAGGAGAGUUUUGAUCUUCUUGAUACCCCAAAGAAAUCCCCAGACAGCUAUGUCAAGCAUAUUUCUGAAAGUCUCGGUGCACAGAUCAAUCCAGAUAUCUCUUGGACCAGUUCUUUCAAUACCCCACCAGCAAUGCCAUCUACCCUGAUUUUAUCUAAAACUGAAGAGAGUCCAUGUCCAGCGAGUGUCACUGCAGAUAGAAAUGUUGUUUUGGUCCGGAAGCUUUUCCCUUCACUUUCCAAUUCCUCACUUAAAACCCCGAAAAAGAGUGUAGGGUCUUCUAAUUCUGAAGGUGUUGUUUUUCCCGUGGCUCAACACCUCCCUGACUCUCCAUUGGACCAGAGUGGAAGUCAUUGGCAACAGAAAGAUCCAGAUACUGUUAAAGGAGAAGUUUCUGGUGCAGUUGGGCUAAAAAAUGCUUCUUCUGACUUCCAUUUCUUUGCAAACAGUAGCUCAGCUCUGAGAAAGGUGAAACCUGACAGAGUUAAAUGUAAGCAAAUAACUCUGACCAAUGAAGACGCUUGCAGCCACCAGGCUGUAUCAGAAGCCGACAAUGGUGCAUCUAGUGAAGAGGCUACCACUGAUUUGGAAUCUGGAGGAUUACCUGCAACCCCAUUAGUUAAAACUGGAGAUAGCCAGUGGUCUCCUAUAAAUUUAUCUGAAAUCUCAUCUUGUGCUGUGAGUAGCAGUAUGACACAGCCAGGUGACACUGAUUCUGUCCAACACUCAAGACCAUCAUUGAAAGUCACAGACACUGGAUUUAUUCGAAAAAGGAGACAGUUUGUUUACACUGUUGCAACAAAAACAUCGCAAAUUAAGUGCCAAGACUCAGAGUCCCAGAAGAUGGAUUCCUCCACAAAGAUUUCAGAAUAUGCACAAAAAGCAACUCUUAAGACAUUGAAGAACACCACAGGCAAAGUUGAGUGUCAGAAGAUUCAACAAUGUCUAGGAGAACCCUCAACUUACUCUGCAGUCCCAAAACUCCAGGAUGUUGAUAUGUCUCAACUUUGCAGAGAAUUUGCAAAGGAGUUCAGCCAAAUGACUGACCUACAUAUUGCAGAGGAUGCUCAGAGUAACUUCUCUCCUGCAGCAUGUCUGACUGCCAUGAAGCAAGCUAAACAAAAAGUAAAUCAAGCAAACCCUCCCAAUGACAUCAGUGCCAACAAGCAAGUACCCACUGUUUACCAACCUUGUUCAGUCAGUGAAGGCACCAUGAUUGACAGCAGAGUCCAGUCUGCUGUGAAAGACGUCACUCAUAUGACCACCUUGUCAUUUGGUCCUCCUCGUUCUGAGAACUUUAACCAAAGUCGACCGUCGCUGGGCUUUAAAACGGAUAUGCAUCAUUUGCCAUCAUCAAAUGAAAGUGGAAAUCCAACGAUUAAUGCUGAAGUGUCUCUGCACAUAUCUACCAAAGAGAAAAAUCUGGAUACUGGAAAAGGAAUCGAUUUGCACACAGAGAGCACAUCAGCAGGGCAUUCAAGGAGUAGAGAAGAAACUGUUGAUGAAAGUAACUGCGGCCAGCUGGAAAAAGCUUCUAUUGUUCCAUUUGCCAAUGCAUCAGGAUUCAAAACUGCUUCAAAUAAAGGCAUACACAUUUCCCCUGCCAACCUGGAGAGAGGAAAACGUUUUUUCGAAGAGGCUGAUGGUGAAAAGACUUCUCAUGAUCUUAGCAUCACUACCCCAUAUGCCAAAAAUAAUAAAAGGAAUUUAAUUCCUGAAACAACGAAACCCAAGCCAUCUAAUUCCAAUCUGUUACCCAAAGUAGAAAAACCAUUUGUAAAUAUCAAUUCCCAUUUAACGGCGUCAGAAAAAGCGGAUGUGACAGAACUUUGCUGUCUCUUAGAGGAGGCGGACAGCCAGUUUGAAUUUACACAGUUCAAACCUGCAAAAAAUCUCCCGAAUCGUGAAUAUGAUUUCCAUGCUUCACCAAGACAGGAAAAAGAUCUUGACCCUGCUUUUUUGCAAGACAUAGACUUUGAUGACAGCUUUAGUUCUGAUUGUGGAAAGCACCCAGGAGUCGCUGUGAUGAAUGACAAUAUGGCCUUGGCUUUAUCAAACGGAGAAACAGCAAAAGGCAUAAAUCUAUACACAGACUUGUCUAUGUCAAACUCGCUAAGGGAAAACUCCUGUUUGUCAGAAAACAUUUCUGAGACGGGGAAAUGCCCAAAGUUAAGUGAUAUCUUUCCCAGAGCUGAGGAUACUAAAGCCAGCCAGUUGAAGAGCAACAGUACUUUGAUACAUGGUCAGGGAUUUAAGACAGCUGGAGGAGUUAUGUUGCAGGUCUCUAAAAAGAGUCUGAGCAGGGCAAGAGCUUUGUUUGCAGAGCUGGAAAAUAACUUGACAGAACAGAAACGGGCUGAUAAGCAGAAAUCAAAAAAUGUUGCCCAAAUAGAACAGAAAUGUGACGUGGAUUCUGACAUCCGCAAGUACAAUUCUUUCAUCCUCAAAGAAAGCUGUGAUGUAGGUAACAAAAGUGAGAAUUGUUUUUCCAAUUUAGAUGAGAUCCGCUGUUCAAACAAAAAUCCAUCAAGUGUUGAAGAUAAGAAUGUCCUUGAAAGCAGUGAAACUGACGCAGCGAAGUGUGAAAUCGGGAAAGGAAUCUCAAUAUCGGCUAAACACAUGAAGGGUGCAGAUGUGUUAUUUAAAGACUGUCAGGUAAUAGAGCAUAAAGAGGAGAAGAGCACAAAAGCUCCUCCAGAAAGUGUUGAAAGAGGGAGAAGCUUUUCAAACUUUAAAAGCCCUAAGGUCAACAUUCAUAAGGAGGGUUUUGCUGGAUGCUCUAAAUUUGAAAAUGAAAAUUCAACAUUGAUUGCACAUACAGGUGGGCUACAUCGGGAUGAAGUGGAAAUAAACAGCAUGUCCACACUAGCUCUGAAAAAUGAAAAUGGAAAAAAGCCAUUUUCAACUUCAAAGCCAUCUGCUAUUCUAGGCACAUCUAAGAGCAUUGAUUUGUCUGCCUCAAAAGACCUGUGCACAAGUGACGGGUUCCGUACAGCUGCUGGGAAGAACAUUAGUGUGUCUGUUGCUGCAAUGAGGAAGGCUGCAUCUCUUUUAAAUCAGAUUGACACACCUGUGGAGACAAACAAACAACCUAAUCAAAAGAAAAAGACAUCAGAAACAGAAUGUCUUAGUAAUGUGAUGUCAAAAAUAGAUAAUGGCGGUUUUGAAACUGUAGUUGAAGUGAGAAAAUUUGCAACUUUAAAGAAACCCACGCUGUCAAAAGAACAUGAAAAAUCAGAGGAUAAAAUCAGAGCAAAUCAGUCCAAAAUCCCAGGAAAUGACCCGCGGAGUGUUGGCUUUUUUGCAGCCAGUGAUGACCCUGGUUUCUUGUCAUCUGAGGCUUUGGAAAAGGAAAAGGCUUUAUUUAGUGACAGUAGUUUGAAUAUGGAUGAUGUGUCAGAAACUGUUCCUGUAAGAAGAAUUGAGAAACCAGAGACAAAACUCUGCAGUUACACAACUGCAGGGGGGACAAAGGACCAGGUGUCACAGAAAAAUCUCCCAAAACCAAAAGAUCAAUUUGAAGAACUUGAUGAUCAGGAUUUAACCAAAGCAGUGGAUGAAGAAGGUUUGUUUUCAGUUUUUGAUGAGGGAAAUGUGCGGGGGAGCAAACAGGCAGAAUUGUACAAUUGUUAUCCAGGUGACAAAAAAAAGAUAAACAUUUCUAUGAAGGCUGGAUGUUCAAGAGGUGCAGAAAAACAAGUGGAAGUAAAGGAAAACAUUUUGCCACAAGCAAGCCAUGGGUUACAGGCAGCCAGUGGAAGGAAAGCCGAUGUAUCAUCUGACUCUCUGAAGAGAGUAGAAAGCCUGUGUAAUGAGUUUGAAGAAAUUAAGAAUAAAAUAAAUGCAACAACACCACAGUUCGAGGCUACUGCUCCUCCGCUCAAAAAUAGUGGAUUUCAUUCUGUCAGUGGUAAACCAAUGGCACCUUCAGCUGAGGAGGUCGAAAAGCCAAAAGCCCUCUUUGGUAAUAUCACCCGCAGAGCGGAAGACCCAGAUUUUUCACAGACAAGGAAAACUGAUGACAUACAAGACUAUCAGAACAAACCUAAGAAAAUAUGUUGUGGUUUUACUACAGCAAGGGGAGAAAAAGUCAAUGUUUCCCAGAAAAAUCUUCAAAAGGCAAAAAUCUUUUUUAAAGAAGUCAGUGACUUGGGUUUAACAAAAGCAAUGCAAGAUUCAGAUAUUUUGUUCAGAGAUGAUGAAGGCUGGACCCUGGACGGUAACAGUGAUGCAUCAUUAGAACAAACUAAUAAAGUUUCAAAUAAGGAAAGUGGCAGCAUAACAGGAAACCUGUCCCAACUCAAACCAGAUAAAAAGCAAACUGUCGAUGUUUGUGAAGAACCUGUGUCUGGUUUAAAUAACGCUAACCAAAAAGAAGGCUGCUCAUUGCCAGGACAGAAUGGUGAAUUUGAGACAGCAAGUGGGAAAACAGUUGUUGUUUCAUGUGGGGCUCUGUCAAGAGCAAAGUUUCUGAGUGAAAACAAUUCAACAACACUGCAGUUUAAGGCUACUGCUCCUCCGCUCAAAAAUAGUGGAUUUCAUUCUGUCAGUGGUAAACCAAUGGCACCUCCAGCUGAGGAGGUUGAAAAGCCAAAAUCCCUCUUUGGUAAUAUCACCCGCAGAGCAGAAGUCCCAGAUGUUUCACAGACAAGGAAAACUGAUGAGAAACAAGACGAUCAGAACAAAUCUAAGAAAAUAUGUUGUGGUUUUACUACAGCAAGGGGAGAAAAAGUCAAUGUUUCCCAGAAAAAUCUUCAAAAGGCAAAAAUCCUUUUCAAAGAAGUCAGUUACUUGGGUUUAACAAAAGCAAUGCAAGAUACAGAUAUUUCGUUCAGAGAUGAUGAAGGCUGGACCCUGGACAGUAACAGUGACGCAUCAUCAGAACAAACUAAUAAAGUAUCAACUAAGGAAAGUGGCAGCAUAACGGGAAACCUGUCCCAACUCAAACCAGAUAGAAAGCAAACUGCAGAUUUUUGUGAAGAACCUGAGUCUGGUUUAAAUAAAGCUAACCAAAAGGAAAGCUGCUCAUUGCCAGGACAAAAUGGUGGAUUUCAGACAGCCAGUGGGAAAACAGUUGCUGUUUCAUGUGAGGCUCUGUCAAGAGCAAAGCUUCUGAGUGAAAACAAUUCAACAACACUGCAGUUCGAGGCUACUGCUCCUCCGCUCAAAAAUGGUGGAUUUCAUUCUGUCCGUGGUAAACCAAUGGCACCUCCAGCUGAGGAGGUUGAAAAGCCAAAAUCCCUCUUUAAUAUCACCCGCAGAGCAGAAGUCCCAGAUGUUUUACAGACAAGGAAAACUGAUGACAAACAAGACGAUCAGAACAAAUCUAAGAAAAUAUUUUGUGGUUUUACUACAGCAAGGGGAGAAAAAGUCAAUGUUUCCCAGAAAAAUCUUCAAAAGGCAAAAAUCCUUUUCAAAGAAGUCAGUGACUUGGGUUUAACAAAAGCAAUGCAAGAUACAGAUAUUUCGUUCAGAGAUGAUGAAGGCUGGAUCCUGGACGGUAACAGUGACGCAUCAUCAGAACAAACUAAUAAAGUAUCAACUAAGGAAAGUGGCAGCAUAACGGGAAACCUGUCCCAACUCAAACCAGAUAGAAAGCAAGCUGCUGGUAUUUGUGAAGAACCUGAAUCCAGUUCAAUUAAAGCUAACCAAAAAGAAGGCUGCUCAAUGCCAGGACAAAAUGGUGGAUUUCAGCCAGCCAGUGGGAACACAGUUGCUAUUUCAUGUGAGGCUCUGUUAAGACCAAAGCUGCUGAGUGAAAACAAAGUGGAUGAUGAUGGGAUUUGUGCUCCGUCCCAACUUUCUGAGACCCCCGUUUCAGGUCCAGGUCUGAUGAAUGGUGGAUUUUUUUCAGCAAGUGGUAAACCUGUGGCAAUUUCGUCUGAGGCUUUACAGAAAGCAAAGGCUCUUUGUAGCGACAUUAGUGUCACAACAGCUCUACCAUAUCCAACUGCUCAAAGUAAAAAGGAAAAAAUGAAGUGUGCUCUCACAAAUGUAGGGGUAACAAAUGUUAUAAAUUCAGAGUUAUCACAUGUAAAAUAUACUGAAGGAACUUUAAACCCCAUUUCUCCCCCAAGAAGUGGUUAUAGGAAGAACCACUCAGCGGUUCAAUCUUUUCCUUUAGCAGCAGACAUUGGAAGUGACCAUGAAGAAAAGCCAUGCAUGAUAGUCUGUGAUUUAGACAUUAAAAACAGCAUCAAGAGAUCUGAAGUUCUGACAACAGGCCCAGAAUUUCAGUCAUUGAACCUCGCUGGCUGUACAGAAACCCAACAAAUGAUUUUUGCUCAGGAAGCUUUUGAUUGUACAAAAGCCUUACUAGAUGAUGAAGUUCGGAUUGGCCAGAGCUUGUUGAUGGGUUCAGAACAUUUCCAAAUACCAGAAGACUGCAAAUCAAAUGGCAAAUCUACCGAAGAAGCCAAAAGGAAGAAAACUAGAAGUGCUGAAGAUCUAACUGCUCAGCCCCCUUCCAAACGAAGAUUACUAGAGGAAUUCAGUGAAACCACCGAUGGUCCAAGAGGUUCAGGGCUUCACCCCAUAAAAAGCUCUCCAAAUGGUUUAAUGGACAGGGGAGUGUUCAAGUACAAUACCUCUCUUCAUCCACACAUCACAAAGCCUCACAGGUAUAUUAUCCUUGUCAUUUAUUUUUAUUAAUUAUUAUACCAAAGGACAACAGAUAGAAACCCAGGAGAUCGUACAUCGGCAUCCUCCAAGAUGCAAGCCUUUGUUCCUCCAUUUAUCAAAAGCGCAAAGAGAGCUGUAUCCAAUAAUCCAGAAGUCGGAGACCGCAAAAGAGUACCUGUGUUUGUUCCCCCCUUCAAAAAACAACGAAUUGUCCUACAAGUGAGCUUGCCUAAACAACAGGGGAGUGACACCAACAACGAAGCACCACUUCCCAAGAAAACCCCAAGCUCUACAGAUAUUGUCCCUUUAAUGAAGUCUUCAAACUCUAAUGUGAUGAUUCCAAGUGUUCCUGAAAACGAGGAGCCAGUUGGCGCUGCUGAAACAUCACAUGUGGACAACAUGCUUUCCAGAAGCCAAGACAGGACAGAGAAUAUUAUGUUGGCCCGGGAUAUGCAGGACAUGAGGAUUAGGAAAAAGAAGCGGCAGACCAUUCGACCGCUCCCUGGGAGCUUAUUUUUGACAAAAACCUCAGGAGUUUUGAGAAUCCCUUUAAAAGUGGCAGUAAAUGGAAAUAAACCAACCAGAUGCUCUGCAAAAGAGUUGUAUGAGUGCGGAGUCCACAAGCAUGUUCCUGAGAUCACCGGAGCAAACGCCGAAUCGUUUCGCUUCAACUUGCUGCAGUUCGUCAAACAGGAAAUGAUAACAGAUGGAGGCGGUGUUCAACUCGCUGACGGAGGCUGGUUGAUCCCCAGCAACAACUGGACGGUGGGAAAAGAAGAAUUCUAUAGAGCAUUAUGUGAUACGCCCGGUGUGGAUCCCAAACUGAUCACCGAGCAGUGGGUUUACAAUCACUACCGGUGGAUUGUGUGGAAGCAGGCCUCCAUGGAGAAAUCCUUUCCAGAAAAAAUGGGCAGUCUUUGCCUCACUCCAGAGCAGAUUCUCCUGCAGCUGAAGUACAGAUAUGAUGUAGAGGUGGACCACAGCCGCAGGCCAGCUCUGAAGAAGAUCAUGGAGAGGGACGACGCACCAGCUAAAACUCUUAUUCUGUGUGUCUGUGAGAUCGUCUCCAGAGGUCACCUGCUAAACGCACAGAGCCGCAGCGACACAAAGACAACACAAAGUGCUGAAAACAAUCCAUCAGCCAUCAUCUGGUUGACAGAUGGUUGGUAUGCCAUCAAAGCACAGCUGGAUGAACCUCUGACUGCAAUGCUUCACAAAGGCCGGCUUGCUGUCGGUGGCAAAUUGAUGAUCCACGGAGCCCAACUGGUUGGAUCACAAGAUGCCUGCUCUCCUUUAGAGGCACCGGACUCUCUAAUGUUGAAGAUAUGCGCCAACAGCACGAGGCGAGCGCGGUGGGACGCUAAGCUGGGAUUUCACAAAGAUCCUCGACCAUUUCUGCUCCCCAUCUCCUGCCUAUUCAGUAAUGGUGGACUAGUAGGAUGUGUUGAUGUUCUUAUACUGAGAAGCUACCCAAUGCAGUGGAUGGAGAGGAAAUCAGAUGGUGGUGUUAUGUUUCGGUCGGAUCGGGCAGAAGAGAAGGAGGCAAGAAGAUUCAGCCACCACAAACAAAAAGUGAUGGAGAUGCUGUUUGCCAAGAUUCAAGCUGAAUUUGAAAAAGAGGAGGAAGGGAGAGCGAAACCUCAGCGCAGAAGGCAGACAAUCAGCAAGCAGGAUGUUGCAAACUUGCAAGAAGGGGUAGAAUUAUAUGAAGCAGUUGGAGACGACCCUGCAUACCUGGAGGCUCAUUUAAGUAAAAAACAAAUGGAGACUCUUCAGGCCUACAGGAGUUCUCUGAUGGAGAAGAAGCAGGCCGAGCUGCAGGACAGAUAUCGCCGAGCUCUGGAUGCAGAAGACAAUGAAAUGAGCUGUCCAAAAAGAGAUGUGGCACCUGUAUGGAGACUUUGCAUCGCUGACUCAAAGGACCAGUCCAGUUGUGUUUAUAAGUUAAACCUUUGGCGGCCUUCCUCUGAUCUUCAGUCUCUACUGAAGGAAGGUUGCCGAUUCAAAGUCUAUAACCUUGCCGUCUCGAAUGGAAAGAACCGCAGCACCAUUGAAACCGUUCAGCUGACCGGAACAAAGAAAACACAGUUCCAGGAAAUGCCGGCGUCCCCAGAAUGGCUGUCAUCACGUUUCCAGCCAAGAGUCGCUACAGACUUUGCAGAUCUUCAAAAUGAAGAAUUCAAGCCCCUGUGUGGAGAAGUUGAUCUUGUAGGAUAUGUGAUCAGUGUUAUAGAUCAACAGGGUCCCUCUCCUGCGUUUUAUUUGGUUGACGGGAAGCAGAAUUUUGUGAAAGUGCGCUGUUUUACCAGCUUGGCUCAAGCUGGCCUUGAAGAUGUGGUAAAACCAGGUGUCCUGUUGGCACUGAGCAACCUGCAGCUCAGAGGGCAGUCCAUGUACCCUACCCCUGUGGUGUAUGCUGGGGAUCUGACUGCUUUCUCCACAAACCCCAAGGAGAUUCAUCUACAGGAAUCCCUCCAGCAACUCAAAAGCCUGGUCCAGUGUCAGGACAACUUCUGUCCAUCUGCUGAGGAAAAGCUUGCCCAGUUAGUCAAGUCUGAUGGCAUGCAGUCGGUCUGCUCUCCAUCUUUGCAACCACAACCUGCAGGCUCUGCAACAGACAGAAGACAAAGCUUAAGCUCAAACGUGACCUUUCAGAAACCAGGUAAAAGCCUUGGAUCCUUCACACCUGUCAGCAGUAAACUCCCUGCACCAACAUCUUCAACAGAAAAAGACCCUAAAAGCCUGAAAAGAAAAAGGGCUUUGGAUUAUCUUUUUCGCAUCCCUUCUCCACCUCCUAUUUCCCCCCUUGGCUCAGUAGUUUCACCUUGUGUGAAAAGAACAUUCAAUCCUCCUCGGAGGUCUGGGCCACCAAGCACUUUAAAACCCGCACAGACUGUUGAACCGAAGCGGGCUGAUUCUCUAGUGGAGGAUGAGUGGGUGAACGAUGAGGAACUGGCUAUGAUUGAUACGCAGGAAUUGCAUGUUGGAAAUUUAUUGUAGAUUUUACAUGCAAGUUAACAACAGUACAUCUUUUAAAACACUGUACGAAAGUAAUGUGAAAAUUGAAAGCUGCUAAAAAACAUGUAACAAAUUGUAUUUGACAUGUUCUUGAUCAUAUUAAACUAUGGAUAUGGCUCUUCACAAUAAAAUCAACCCAUCACC